CGACAUCCCGACACUGAAUGUCGAAUUCGAGCGGUGCAUCUCGCCUGAGUUGAGGCUUGCGUGUCUCAACUGGACGAACUUGGUACGUCAAGCAGAUCCCCUCGAUAGCGAGAUUCAGUCUGCUCUGCUCUCCCUGCAACCCAUUCUUCCGUAUUGGGUCGCGGUCAUGUCAUUCAUGGGAGAACUCGACCGAGCACUUGUUUGUCUGGAUGAUCUAUGCGAAUGGCUGGGAGAGAACUCUACUUCAAUGCGGGCUCUGUACGACUUGGUCGAAAAAUAUAAAGACCCACUCGCAGCGUCCAGUUUAUCCAUCUUCGCUUACCGCCACCCUUCUAUUCCGCCGUCCAGCCGUUCUCAUGUGCUAUCUGCCAUCGAGGUCGUGGCCGGGUGCUGUGCUCUCGAUGAUUUGCCUCAGGAGUGGCGCUUCCGACCCAAUUCCGACCUUCCGACACUGAAUGACGAAUUUGAGCGAUGCAUUUCACCUGAACUGAAGUUUGCGUGCUUCCACUGGAUGAACUUGAUAUGCCAAGCAGAUCACCACGACAACAAAAUCCAGUCAGCACUAUCCUCCCUACAGCCUAUCCUUCCGUUCUGGAUUGUUGUCAUGUCAUUCACGGGACAACUUGACCGGGCGCUUGUUUGUCUGAAUGAUCUGUGUGAAUGGCUGGGGGAGAGUUCUACUUCGACACGGGCCCUUUAUGACUAUGUAGCAAAAUAUGAGAACCCACUUUCAAUUUCGAGUUUGUCGAUUCUUACUUAUCACCAUUCUUCCCCUCAACCGCCCACCACACUGAGUGGGUGGAUUGGGGGGCGUUCUUUCGUACUUCUUAUUUUUCCGAUUUUCGUCGUUUGGUUUGUUAAACAGACCCCCGUUUAUCUUAUCUUCUCUUCUCUUUUUGCUUUUCUCUUUUCUCUCUUUGCCGUCACUUUCUCUUUUCUCCUUUUCCUUUUCGCUCUUCUUCUCCCUCCUUUCUUGGUGGAACGAUUCGGAACUUAAACGCUUGUGUGCUGUGCACCACGAGUGUUAGCGUAUUUCCACUACCCCAUGCAGGACUAUUUCAUCAGCGUAUGUUGCCUCAAUUCCUCCUUCUCGCAUAUGUACUGCAUGAGUAUAUUUCUCGCUUCCUACGCCUCUGUUCAUGGUUUUUGCCCUAAAACGAACUUAUACCAGACUGAAAUCUGAGAUUUAAUCAUGAAAUUCCUUAAUGGCUUUCAUGUUCAGGCAAUAAUUCCUGCAACUUUUUCAUCUUACUUAUAUACGC